UUCUGCAGCCCGCCUAUGUUGUGGCUCCUGUCGGUCCUCGUCCUCGGCGAGGAAAGACUCUCUAUGUUAUUCUUUGCAUCAUGGGUGAACUAAUGGGCUUGAGUAUGGUAUUCCUGCAGUUUUACGGCGCUAACAAACUGACAAGGGGUGAGUACGCAUGGUACAGGUUCUAUGAUGACUACAGCUACGACAGCUAUGGUGAGUCCAUGGCCGCAUACGGCUACUGCCUUCCUCUGACGACAGGAUUGUUGCUCAUGUUCAACUCAUCUCUGGCGAUCCUCGUGCAGUGGACAGACAAUAGGGAAACUUCUGUAAAAUGUUUCAGAUCUAUGGUCGGACCAUGGUGGAUAUUGACAGCUACUGUUGCAACCGUGACAUUUGUAAUGACAACAAUAGACAGUGUCAACUACAUGACAGAAGGAAAGGCAGCAUCAGGAGAAAUGGUGGCAACAGCCUGUCUAGUGUUUUUCAGUGCUGUGAUUUCCUAUGUCCUGUCUUGUGCUGCCUUCUUUGCUGGACAUGCUUGCUGCUACUGUGUCAGAAACAAUAACUUCCGUGACAAUUACAUGCAGAUGCAAACUCUUUAGGAAGUGGCUUUCAUCUGGUUGUUCAGGAUCGAGAAAUCGUGAACCGAUAUAGUAGAUAGAAACGGCAACAUUAUGGAUGCUUGGUCAGGUGUGUCGGUAGUUUGUAGAUAUGGGUGACUCAUACUGUAGUCCAUAGAAGAUCUGCAGGAAUUUCAGGGGGAUUCAUGGGUGGGUAAGAUACAUUAAUUAGUAGAGCUUGCAUGGUUCACAAUAUGCAUGACGCUGAUGCUGGAGUAGGAUUCAUUCUAUUUCGAUGUUUUAGACUGCUUUAUUCUCAAACAAUCCGAGAUUAAAUACAAUAAUGAAUAG